AUGUCAGGCUUAUUAAAUAAUAAUGUUAAUAUUAUUGAUUUGCCUUGUAAAUUUGGGAUCCAUUGUACAAAUCCGAAAUGUCGUUAUACACAUCCUUCUCCUGCUACUACAUUUACAUCACAAGAACCUUGUAGAUAUUAUCCAAAUUGUCAGAAUCCAGCAUGUCCUUACUUACAUAUUGAUUAUAAUAGUGAGUACAGUAAUGUUACUACUAAUAGUGGUACUAUUAACAAGGUACCAACACCUUGUCGUAACGGAGCUAAAUGCACAAGGCCUGGAUGUCAUUUUCUUCACCCAUGGGACAUGGAAACAGACGCAACUGCUAUACCAUGUAAAUUUGGAUAUAAUUGCAAAAGAGCAGAUUGUAUGUACGAUCAUCCAAUGGGUAAGAAAUUGCCCACUCAUAUUUCAGAAAGAACAUUUGCGUUACCAGAACAAAUGACGGAGAAGAUUUUACCAAUUGGUAGCGGUGGUGGUGACAAUAAAGACAUUAAAGAUCAAGAAAAAAUAUUGAAUCGAUUAAAUAAUAACAAUGGAGAUGGUAAAUUUAUAACAAGUAAUAAUAAUAAAUUUUCCGAAAUAAAUCCAAUAAGUAAUUAUAACCAAAGUGGCGGUAGAGGCGGCGGUGGAGAACAACAUAACAGCACAUUACAAACCAGGACAAACGAAGGCAACUCUAAUGAGGAAGAGUAUGUUUUUGAUUUGGAUUUUGAUGCCGACAUUGAGAAUGUAGUUCCCGAUCCUUAUUUGUAA